ACAUUAAAAAAAGUUUUAAAGAAAAAUGGAGAGCAAAGUGGUUGUGUCAAACUUUAUCAACGGCGAGUUUGUGUCCACGGACAAUUACAUCGACAGUUUCGACCCGUCGACAGGGGAGGUGUGGGCGAAAAUUCCGGACAGCGGCGAGAAGGAGGUCAACGAGGCCGUCAACGCCGCGAAGGCGGCAUUUCCAAAAUGGGCCAACACCCCAGUUCUGGAGAGGUCCAAGCUGAUGUUGAAAAUUGCUGACCUGAUUGAAGCAAGACAGAGCGAGUUUGCCGAGCUUGAGUCUCGAGACCAAGGGAAACCUGUGUGGUUAUCCAAGAGUGUGGACAUUCCACGCCUGAUGCACAAUUUCAGGAGCUUUGCUACCGCAGUCCUUCAUCACGUCAACAGGUCCUCUGUAAUGGAGCCUGUGAACGCAGUGAAUUACACGGUCAAUGACCCAGUGGGUGUGGCUGGCCUUGUCAGCCCCUGGAACCUCCCUUUAUACCUGCUCUCCUUUAAGGUUGCCCCAGCUAUUGCCUGUGGCAACACUGUGGUUGCUAAGCCCAGCGAGAUGACGUCUGUCACCGCCUGGAAACUGUGCGAGAUUUUUAAAGAAGCAGGUGUGCCUCCAGGUGUUAUCAAUAUUGUGUUUGGAGUCGGUCCCCGGGCAGGCGAGGCCCUUGUCAAACAUCCAGACGUACCCCUUGUGUCAUUUACUGGGGGUACCGUGACGGCCAAGAGAAUUCGAGAAGUUUGUGCUCCACAUUGUAAAAAAUUUUCACUGGAGCUUGGUGGAAAAAAUCCUGCUGUGAUUUUUGAUGAUGCUGACUUUGAAAAGUGCUUGUCAACAACAAUAAGGUCAAGUUUUGUCAACCAAGGAGAGAUCUGCCUGUGUACUAGUCGUAUUUAUGUACAGAGAGCAAUGUACCCCAAAUUUGUGGAGAAGUUUGUGUCCGAAACAAAAAAGUUAACGGUUGGAAACCCCAAGAAUGAGAAGACAUUCAUGGGUGCCUUAAUCAGUAAAGAACAUUUGGCCAAGGUCAAAGGUUAUGUGGAUAUUGCUGAAAAGGAGGGGGCUACAAUUGCCUGUGGAAAAGAGGAGUUGAAUCUAGAGGACUCCAUCAAAAAUGGCUACUACAUGCGACCCACCGUGAUUACUGAUGUGAAGGAUGACUCUCGGUUGAUGAAGGAGGAAAUCUUUGGCCCAGUGACAUGUAUCGUACCCUUUGACACAGAAGAGGAAGUGAUACGACGAGCCAAUGACGUGGAGUAUGGGUUAGCAGCCACACUGUGGACCCAGGAUGCAUCGCGGCUCCACCGCGUCUCAAGGUGUCUACAGGUUGGGACAGUGUGGGCCAACUGCUGGCUAGUGCGAGAUCUAAACAUGCCGUUCGGAGGGAUGAAGAAUUCGGGGAUGGGAUCUGAGGGCAACUUUGAUUCCAUGGAGUUUUUUACAAAUCAAAAAACUAUUUGUGUCAAAUUAUAGAUGCAAAUUGUGCAUCAAAAUUUCUUUCAGUAUUUUGAUUUUUCACAGAUGCUUUUUUUUUUUAAUUGUACUUGGAUAUCAAAACAAUAUUCAGUGCUUUCAGAACACAAGCUUUGAAUUCAUGUUUUCAUGAAAAAGUAUGCAAUACACUAUCCCUGUCAGCCUAUACUUGUAGCACAGCAGAUGGUUCAUUGAUUUUAAUUAUUUCCAUAACACAGAUGAUUUGCUUCUUUUGGCCUAAAAUAUGAAAAUGAAUCUUACCAAUUCAAUGAUUAUCCUUUUCCAUAACUUUUUUUUGAGAUUUUAUAUGCUGCGUUAGCUUGUUGUGAGAAUUGGGACAAAAUCAUGCUUUUUGGAUGUGUAAUAAAAAAUAAGCCAAUAUGUCUACAUAUUGUUCUUCUUGCAUUUUAUAACACCACAUGUCCAUGUGCACUUGUUAUUCCAUUCAGUAUUAUUUCAUUCAGAAUUUGUCCGACUGCUUACAUCAUAGACAUUAAAAAGGUUAACAUUUCCCAUUUAUAGUGUAUUGAAGUAGGGGGAAAUAUAAGCCUUAUGACAAAUAAUCAACAGUAGCUAGGUUUUGUUUGCAUCUUUUCAUUUUUUUGGUACAUAAAAAUACCAAUGGAAGAUGGAAGUUCCAAUCUCUCUGCUGAUAGUGUACUAGUCUUUAAGGUGAUUUGGAGAGAUAGUCAUUUUCUGUUUAGUGUAAUCCUUUUUAUUAAGUCUUAAGUUGACAGUGUCUUAGGAUUGUUCUUUUUACAUUGGUUGUGAUUUGUGAUCUUGAAUUAUCAAACUAAGUACUAGUAUGUUAAGGAGUUGAAUUGUACAGCAUUAAUUGUUUUCUGUGAUCUAGUUUUUUAAAACUAUUCUUAAACAUGAACAUAGUCAAGAAAAAUUUGAAUACAAGUGCCAAUGAAGGGGAAAACCUUUACAAAUGUUGAGCAUUAACAAAGAUCUGUCUCUGAUGUAUACAAGUACUUUAUAACACAUUCCACAAUAAUUCUGCUUACUGUAGGUUCCUUAUUCCAUGCAAGUACUUAAUUCUGCUAUUCCACCGUUUUGUCUCAAAUCACAAGAAAUUGCAUAUGCAGAACUUUCAUCUUAGUUUCAUGAAGUUACAUCUGUCAGAAAAAUAAAGCAAGAUUUUAAAAUCUGCAAGAUGUGCUUCUCACAAGUUUAUGCAGAUUUUAAUUCCUGGUGUUUAAUUGGGAACCUACAGUUUAUAUGUAACAUGUACAUGUACAUUAAGCAUGUACAUAUGAUUAUCUGUUGAAAGAACGUUUUAAUGUCAAAUGCAUACAGUUGGUGGACAUAUAUAGCAUAAUCUUAUAGUAUAAAUAUAAGAAUCUUAUAGUAAAAAUAUAUAUAGUAUACUGAAAAUUUUGUGGACAAGUAAACAUAUUUAUUGUUAUACAUUUUAGGUUUGGUUUGUACUUUUGUUUUAUACUGUAGAUGUAGCAAAAAUAGUUUAAAAAGUUUACUUUGAUAAAGUGUUUCAUUCUCUAUGAGGUUUGUAUAAUGUAGUUCAAAAACUUUUUUUUAUUUUUUGUUUUACAAAUUAAGUGCAGCUUUAUUUUACAUGACACUAGAAUAGUUAGUUUUGAAAAACAA